CAUGAAAAAUAUUGCAGUGGAGGGAAACCCUAUCUAUGUCAGCAAUAUGGAAAAGGUUUCACCAAAUCUGGACAUCGUAAACAACAUAAAACAAUUCACACUGGAGAGAAACCGUAUGUGUGUGAGCAAUGUGGGAAAGCUUUUAACAAACGGACAGAUUGUAAAAUACAUGAAAGAAUUCACACUGGAGAGAAACCCUAUGUAUGUAAGCAAUGUGGGAAAGCUUUUAACAAACGGACGAAUUGUAAAAUACAUGAAAGAAUUCACACUGGAGAGAAACCCUAUGUAUGUAAGCAAUGUGGGAAAGCUUUUAACACACGGGGAUAUUUUAAGAAACAUGAAAGAAUUCACACUGGAGAGAAACCCUAUGUAUGUAAGCAAUGUGGGAAAGCUUUUACCCAACAUGGACAUUGUAAGGAACAUGAAAGAAUUCACACUGGAGAGAAACCAUAUGUAUGUAAGCAAUGUGGGAAAGCUUUUACCCGACAUGGACAUUGUAAGCAACAUGAAAGAAUUCACACUGGAGAGAAACCAUAUGUAUGUAAGCAAUGUGGGAAAGCUUUUACCCGACAUGGACAUUGUAAGCAACAUGAAAGAAUUCACACUGGAGAGAAACUUUAUGUAUGUAAGCAAUGUGGGAAAGCUUUUACCCAACAUGUACAUUGUAAGGCACAUGAAAUAACUCACACUGGAGUGAAACCAUAUGUAUGUAAGCAAUGUGGGAAAGCUUUUAACACUUGGGCAAAUUGUAAAAUACAUGAAAGAAUUCACACUGGAGAGAAACCCAAUGUGUGUAACCAAUGUGGGAAAGGAAUAUAA